GAGAGGGGAGGGGGCGGCGGCGACGGCGGCGUCGUUAUUUCCGCGGUCCGGACGGUGCGUGGCGGCGCGGGUGGCCACGGGAGAAGCAUAAUGGUUAUGAAAGCUUCUGUAGAUGAUGAUGAUUCAGGAUGGGAGCUCACUAUCCCUGAAAAAAUGGAAAAAAGCAAUACAAGCUGGGUGGACAUAACCCAAGAUUUUGAAGAAGCUUGUCGAGAAUUAAAGUUGGGAGAACUGCUUCAUGAUAAACUAUUUGGUCUUUUUGAAGCCAUGUCUGCUAUUGAAAUGAUGGAUCCCAAGAUGGAUGCUGGCAUGAUUGGCAAUCAAGUUAAUCGAAAAGUUCUCAAUUUUGAACAAGCUAUCAAGGAUGGCACCAUUAAAAUUAAAGACCUUACCUUGCCUGAGUUGAUAGGGAUAAUGGAUACAUGUUUUUGCUGUUUGAUAACAUGGUUAGAAGGCCAUUCCUUGGCACAGACAGUAUUUACGUGCCUUUAUAUUCAUAAUCCAGACUUUAUAGAAGAUCCUGCCAUGAAAGCUUUUGCUCUGGGAAUCUUGAAAAUCUGUGACAUUGCAAGGGAAAAAGUAAAUAAAGCUGCUGUUUUUGAAGAGGAAGAUUUUCAGUCAAUGACUUAUGGAUUUAAAAUGGCUAACAGUGUGACAGAUCUUCGAGUUACAGGCAUGCUAAAAGAUGUGGAGGAUGACAUGCAAAGAAGAGUAAAGAGUACUCGAAGUCGACAAGGAGAAGAAAGAGAUCCAGAAGUUGAACUAGAACACCAACAAUGUUUAGCAGUAUUCAGCAGAGUGAAAUUUACUCGUGUGUUACUGACAGUGCUUAUAGCUUUUACUAAAAAAGAGACCAGUGCCGUUGCAGAAGCUCAAAAAUUGAUGGUUCAAGCAGCAGAUCUUCUUUCUGCCAUUCAUAAUUCAUUGCAUCAUGGCAUCCAGGCCCAGAAUGACACUACAAAAGGAGAUCAUCCGAUUAUGAUGGGUUUUGAGCCCCUUGUUAACCAGAGGCUACUUCCACCCACCUUCCCUCGAUAUGCAAAAAUAAUUAAAAGGGAAGAAAUGGUCAACUAUUUUGCAAGAUUAAUAGAUAGAAUAAAAACUGUCUGUGAGGUUGUGAAUUUAACAAAUUUACAUUGUAUUCUGGACUUUUUCUGUGAAUUUAGUGAACAAUCACCUUGUGUUCUUUCAAGAUCUUUGUUACAAACCACAUUCCUGGUGGAUAAUAAAAAGGUCUUUGGAACUCAUCUCAUGCAAGAUAUGGUGAAAGAUGCACUUCGGUCUUUUGUCAGUCCUCCGGUGCUUUCCCCCAAAUGCUGCCUAUAUAAUAAUCACCAGGCUAAGGACUGUAUUGACUCCUUUGUUACUCACUGUGUUCGGCCAUUUUGUAGUCUUAUUCAGAUCCAUGGACAUAACAGAGCUCGGCAGAGAGAUAAGCUUGGUCAUAUUCUUGAGGAAUUUGCUACCUUGCAGGAUGAGGCAGAGAAGGUUGAUGCAGCACUUCACACUAUGCUGUUGAAACAAGAACCCCAAAGGCAACAUUUGGCUUGUUUAGGAACCUGGGUCCUUUACCAUAACCUUCGAAUUAUGAUACAGUAUCUUCUAAGUGGCUUUGAAUUGGAACUCUAUAGCAUGCAUGAGUACUAUUACAUAUACUGGUACCUCUCUGAAUUCCUUUAUGCAUGGUUGAUGUCAACAUUGAGUCGUGCUGAUGGUUCACAGAUGGCAGAGGAAAGGAUAAUGGAAGAACAGCAGAAAGGUCGUAGCAGUAAAAAAACAAAGAAAAAAAAGAAAGUUCGUCCAUUGAGCCGAGAGAUCACAAUGAGCCAGGCAUAUCAGAACAUGUGUGCUGGAAUGUUUAAAACCAUGGUAGCAUUUGACAUGGAUGGUAAAGUACGCAAACCCAAGUUCGAACUUGAUAGUGAACAAGUUCGAUAUGAGCACAGGUUUGCUCCAUUCAACAGUGUGAUGACCCCGCCACCAGUGCACUACCUACAGUUCAAGGAAAUGUCUGACCUCAAUAAAUAUAGCCCUCCUCCUCAGUCGCCAGAACUGUAUGUGGCAGCUAGUAAGCACUUUCAGCAGGCAAAAAUGAUUUUGGAAAAUAUCCCCAACCCAGACCAUGAGGUCAGUAGAAUUUUAAAGGUUGCAAAACCUAAUUUUGUGGUUAUGAAGUUGUUGGCAGGAGGACACAAAAAGGAGUCAAAGGUUCCUCCUGAAUUUGAUUUCUCUGUUCACAAAUAUUUUCCUGUUGUGAAACUUGUUUGAGACUGAAAAGGUGAUAGAAUCUACUUUCAGAUUCUACUCUCAGAGGAUAUAUCCAUCAGUUUUACCACAUAACGUAAAGUGAAAUGGAUUUCUUGGAUAACAGCCCAUUAUAAGGAAUACUUUUUAGUUUGACAGCCUUACAUGAUGUAAAUGAAAACUGCUGUUUUAAAGUGGUUUAUUAUGUUCCAUGGAUGAAACUGGUCUUAUUGAAUGCAUUGAUGAACGUUAUAUGGUUUUAUUACAGAUUUAAUCAUAAAUCAUUUUUUAUGAAUGACUGAGUGAAAAUAGUGUUUGUAAAGGAUAAUAAAUUUCUUGACAAAAAAACAGUGCAUCAUUGGA